ACGUUGCAUUCUGGACAUCGAACUGUUGCUUUCUGUUUUGGCUCGGUCAGUCCCCGGUGCCGAGAUUAAGGGCUGACAUAACAGACCAUCGCUGGAUUUUCCCUCCUCAUGAGAUUACGAAUUUUUAUCCUUUCAGAAGUGCUGCCAGCUUCGAUAUCGCAGCCAGGAAAGCAACAAGAAAACUCUCUGUGGUACCAAACUGGUUUCCAGGGGAAUGAAAGGGCAAACAGUCAGAGUAGAGUGAGAGAUUAAAAAAAAACCCAAGCAUGUGUUAAACUGUUUUGGGAAAAAAUAAAUAAAAAAGGAGAAAAACAACAAAAUUUGUUAUAAGCCCAGGGGGGGGGGUGCUUGUUAAAGUUUUGGGAGGACCUCCUGGGAAUGAUAUAUCUUAAAGAAAAAGGUGACAACCCAUGAGGGAACGUCGCUGGCAGACAGCAGUGGGUUUACACUCCCAAGCAGAGAGCCAGCAGACUGACAGCGUUGUUACGCAGAUGUUCCACAUGGAGUUGUUAGUGUGAGUGCUCUAUAGCUCAUCUGGAUAAUUGACUUAGAUUAAUUAAGCAUUUAAUUUCUGGAGUGCAAAUCCCACAUUUGUUAUUGUCCAUUUUGUGAUGUCUCUUAUACAGCUGGGUGUUUGUUUUUGAGGAAAAACAUUUCUUUUUCUGGCCCAUUGCUGGAGAAAAGCCGUGACCUGGUGCUGGUGUUCCGCUGUCACUGGGGUUGGCAUGACUGCACAGGACCUUCCAUCGCUCCUGCUCCUUGCCCUGACGCUAGGCGGCCUCUCAUUGGCCCAGACUGACAAACUGCCAGAUGCGGAAUCCCUGGCAGCCAAUCAGACGGCAGAGCCCUCGAUGCCCCUGGACAUCACCCUAUCGACACCUGGAGCGGAGCCGGAGGAGGACACGGUUCCGCCCUCUGGAAUGAGAUGCCGGGGCUAUUAUGAUGUCAUGGGUCAGUGGGACCCGCCCUUCAACUGCAGUGCCGGCAUCUACAUAUAUUGCUGUGGCACCUGCUUCUACCGCUUCUGCUGCCGGUUCAAGCCACACCGGUUGGACCAGACGUCCUGCUCCAAUUAUGACACGCCCAUCUGGGCCAAUACCGGCAAACCCGCAGUGACCAUACCCAUAUCGCAGGAUGGGCACGACCAUGACAAGACCCACAUGAUCGUCUACAUCAUCUGCGGCGUGGUGGCAGUGAUGGUGCUGGUGGGCAUUUUCACCAGACUGGGUCUGGAGAAGAGGAACAACCGGCAGAAUGACAUCACCAGCUCCAGGACGCUGACUGAGCUGCUGAAGCAGCCCAGUGGGGAGGUGAGCAUGGAUGGGACGCCACACCUGGGUGCCAACGGGAUGCCCGGCCGCAUGCGGCGCAGCAGGAGCGAACAGUACCACCUGAACGAGAUCCCCUGCUCCCCGUAUGGCCUGGCAACGCCGCUCGCCCACCCCCAGGCCAGCCUCCACGCACCAGGUGUUAAUCUCGCCAGGUACACAUCGCUCAAGACCAUCGAUACCUCCAGCAGAGGGUAUUAUAAAAGUUACCCCUUGAUAGACUUCUCCCAAUACCGGGCUCCACCCUCCCCGUUCCAGCCACUCCCACUCCAACCCAAGGACAAGUCCUACCUGUGUGUGACGGACAUCAAUUCGCCGAUGAGCUUCUCCAUGCCCCGGGGAGUGUCCACGCGGACCAAACUGACCAAGACCACCACGCACCCUCUGCUCUCCAACCUAGACCUGGCCGCCUGGGAUCACGGCAAGGUGCACAUUCACCGGCAAUAUUCCCACCCCCCUCAGGCUGUUGGUCGACGCCUGGCCCACUCCGGGGGCCGUGAGCUCAGCGUGGAGACCCUGCCGGAGAUGUUCUCCCGCUCGGCAGUCUACAGACACGUGCCCCUGUCACCCCAGCCCGUGCAUCACCACGGGCAAAGGGCGUUCCUCAGCAACAGCAGGACAGAGGUGACCGUCUGAGCCAAGCUGGGUACACGCUCGAUUUGUGGCAAAGUCUACGUGUUUGCAUGCACGUCUUCUCCAUGAUGCGGAGGAGGAACCCAGCGACAUAGUAUUCUGUUUGCCAUUAAUAAUCUCCAACGAACAUGACCAGUCUUCCAGAAUCUUCCUUCCCUGUCGCCGUCGGCACCCGUUGCCACGUCCCGGACCUGGCUGACCGUCCUCGGUCCCCCUCUCCGGCAGCACGCUCCGGGCCCCCGUCACUUCACAGUUGACCUGUGGCGCUUGUGUGGGAGCAGGACCUCAGACUGCGUCACAGUCCAGGGUCAGCGGACGAGCUGUAUAAUGAGACGAGAACAAACAUAUUCACGCAAGAAGGAGAAAAAAGACCAGGAGAGGCGCGAA